AUGCCGUCGCACAAUAUCGACCACAACAGCAAAUACAUGUUUGCCUCGCAAUCACAUGUGCGCAAUGCAUGCGAUGCCUGUCACAAGCGCAAGAUCCGUUGCAUCGUGUCGAGAAACGGCGGGCCGUGCCACAAUUGCAGGUCAAGAGGCCUUUCAUGCUACUUUCUGCCGCGGUAUAGAAGCGGCAGGCCACGCCUACGCGAGCACUCGCCGCCCGACAUGAUCGAGGAUCAUUUGAUUGCCACUCCCACCAGCACUGUUAAUAUCUCCCCGUGGCCCACGUCUGAAAACCCGCUCGCAAGCCCGCCAGCAAGAAAGUCUCCCAGGGCUAGCCACCAAAGCAGUAAUGAUGAUCUCUUCGAUUGGGUCCGUCCUCAAGACUUCGCACUACAAACAGAGCAACCGAGCUCCGGCUUGCAAGACUCCGGUCAGCCGCUAGGAUUCUCUGAGGCCGUGGACGGCACUCUCCUGGGCAUGCAACCCACUUUCUCGAAUUUUGCUGAUCCAACCCGUCGCCCCUUUACAGACGUACAACCCGACGUUGUGUCGCGAUGUCCCAUGUGGUCAACGACUCCCAAGCAACCAUACGAUCGCAGUGGAUCCCGAGGUGAAGAAUCUAGAGAAGGGGGGUUUGCUAGCUUGCUGGACCAUUGCGCGAGGCUUCAGCGACAUCUCAUAACGACUGACGAGGAUACGUCUACAACCUCGGAAGAGGGUGCGUUGCCAACGCCCAAGAAACUCGAAGUGUCGGAUGACCAGUUGCAAGAUAUCCUGGAAGACAUCGACUCCAGCUGCAAACUCCUGCUUGAGGUGUGUGACGAGGGGAGCUUGCCCAAGCCAGCUUCUUCGACAUGGACGAACCCCCCCUUGGAUUUGGCUUCUGCAUCCUUGAUAACGGCCGUUAUAUUUAAAGUUUUCCAGCUCUGUGAGGUCCUGCUCAGCGGCCAGGGCCUGAGAGUGCGCUCCAUGAAGGAUGUUCUUCUCCAGAAGAGACUUGACUUUAACAUCACCCAGGCAAGGAUUGUGGCGGCGCGGGUCGAGCAGUGGACGCAGAAUAGGCGGCUGAUUUCGCAGGAACUUUCGAAAAAGGCCAUGCAAAUCGAGGAAAGAUUCACUAGCCAGCGUGGACGCGGCUCCAUGGGGAUGGUUGCUGAACCUGAAAACAUGGAGUCUCCGAGGAUAUAGCUUCAGUGAAACACCCUCAGUUCCAAAUGGUAACCUUGUUUCACCUUCCAAGGUUCGCACCAGUAUUUUAUGGAGUGAGUGCAACGCAUACCAGACACCUUCGCUGGCAGAAGUUUUCUGUGCUUAAUAUCUCACACCGGACGCUGCAAAUCGUUUUCCAUUCAAUGCUCUAGAUCGCCUAGGGCUUGCUAUCAAUUAUAACCCCUGGAACAAUUAAUCUCUUAACUCUUCUGUGAAUAGUAUUCCAUAAAAAUACUGAGAUGGAAAAUGGUAUAAAUUGAUGUGAU